UAAUAUUAUGAAAACUUUAUAAAAAUUUGGCGAUCUAUUCAUUAAUUCAGUUACAAAUGAAGACAAUAGGGCUAGAACUCAAUCCCGUAAAAACCAUUAAAAAAAAGAAGACAGAAAAAAAAUACUUUUCAUUUUCCACAUUGUCUGUUUACUUGUUUAUUUUAUCUUAUUCAAAAACCCAAAUAGCUAUUAAAAUUAUGGCUUGCAUAAAUACAAAAAAGAGCCCUAAAUCAGCAUUAUCAUUUUAUAUAGAGCUUUACUGUAAAAGAAAAAAAAUGUCUAAAGAAGUGGAUAAAGAAAUAAUCUUGCAAGCAACCAAGUCUUGGACUACGCUAAGUGAAGAAGAAAAAUCUCAAUUUGUAAAUAAAUUUAAUGAGUGUAAAAGGAAACAGAGGGAUAAAUUAGCAAAUUAUUUAAAAAGAAUACAACCUUAUAUGAAAAAAAAACAGACUUGCAAAAGAAACUCUGAUAGUUAUCAAAAUGAAGACUUGAUUAAUAAAUCUGAUGAAAGUUGUAAUAUUGGCAUUGACAAUUUUUCACAAUCAACAAUUAAAUGUGAGACAGUUCACAAUAUUGCUGGGGAACAGAUAUCAGAUUCAUUAAAUAAUGUUCCUGAGAUAUCAAAUUCAAAUGUAUCAGUUUGUGGAGUGACACAUGCAGAGCCUGUGUUAAUAGAACCUGUGCCUCCAAAUGUAAGGAAUUCAAAAGAACUCUUUGAAAUGAUCCAAGCAAGAAAUGGAACCAAUGAUUCAUGGUCUACACUUUCCAACAUCGAGAAAAAACGUUAUAGAAGAGCUGUUUAUUUGUUGAAAAAAAAUUACUUAUCAAAUUUUAAAGCAUAUUUAGAAAGUUUACCUUCAAAAGAACUGUUUAACUACUAUGUAAAUAAUAUUUAAUCAUAAAUAUUAUUGAUAUGCGAAUAAAAAUGUUGCCUUUAUCUA